AUGCGAAAUGUCAACCCCCAGGGACAGAGACCCCGGCAGGAUAGAAGGGAAUCCCGGGGACUCUUUGAUAAUUACACUCCGUUGAACACACCACAGACGACAAUCUACAACAUAAAUAACAAGAUGGACGGUUGGAAAAGGCGUCCACCAAUGCAGAGUAGGGAAAGAAAUGUCAAAAAAUUAUGCGACUUCCAUAAUGAGCAUGGCCAUCUCACAGAGGACUGCAGAGACCUCAAGGACAACAUCGAGGACAUGGUGAGAAAGGGGUAUUUCUCACAGUAUAGGGCAAGACAAGGCAAUGGUAACUAUAACCAGGCCGGAGGAAACAAUGCCAGUUCCUACCGGCCGCAACAACAGCAAAAUCAACAACAAUACCCCAGAAUCGAGCAGCCUUAUCUACCACCCAGAAUAGAGCAGUGGCAACCAGAAACCAGUGCUAGAGCAGAGCAAAGGGAUAACGGGAAAAAACCGCCUGUGUUUGUCAUCUCUGGCGGCCCAGUCCAUGGAGGGACAAUAAGCGGCGCUGGUAGAAGUUUAGAAGAACAUAGGGGUAUCAUUUUCCCACAUGAUGACCCACUGGUCCUCACAAUUGAUAUAGCAAAUGCUAAUGUGAAUCGAGUGCUGGUAGACGGAGGUAGCUCAGCAAACAUCAUAUUCUGGGAAGCAUUCAAGCAAUUACACAUACUAGAGGAAGAGUUGGCGAGGGUGAAUUACCCGGUAAUCGGUUUCUCUGGGUCUACAGUGUACCUAGAAGGUAGCGUCAGGCUGCCAGUGAAAAUUGGGGAAGGAUCUGAGGCACGAGACCUCAUGGUAGAAUUCUUGAUCAUCAAAGUCCCGGCGGCCUAUAAUGUGAUCAUCAGUCGCCCGUUUAUACACGACGCGUAG